CUCCAUAUAAGUGUGGGGCGUGAAGGCAGCAAAAUACCCCUCACGAAGAAGAAUCCCGAAUUCUUUGUCUGCUAUUAAUCCACCAAAUCUGCAAUAGCGCUUCCUCACAUCCCAAGUCCACUCUUCUCAAAAUAAUCAUCAUGUCCCACCUAACCUACUACAACUACGACGGCGUCGGCAAACGCAACCAACAAAAAUUCAAAUACAGCCAAGCCGUCCGCAUCGGCGACCGCAUCGAAUGCGCCGGCCAAGGCGGCUGGGACCCCACCACGGGCGUCUUCUACAAAGAAAUCAACGCGCAAAUCGACCAAGCGUUCAAAAACGUGGAACUGAAUCUGCAGAACGCCGGCGGAAAGGGCUGGGAACAGGUGUUCCGGGUGAAUUCGUAUCAUGUCCCGAUUAAUGAUGAGGCGUUGGAGGCCAUGGUGAGGAAUUUUAGGAAGUAUAUGCCGGAUCAUGAGCCGAUUUGGACGUGUGUGGGCGUUACGAGGUUGGGGGAGGAUGAUAUGAGGGUUGAGAUUGAGGUUGUGGCGCAUGAUCCGAAGUAGAUGCUUGGGGCCAGGCCGGGGGAGGGGGUUUGAGAGUGUUGUGGCUACAGGGUGUGGAGAUAUUCCCCUCAAGGAUUUCGAUGAUGGGAGGCGUAUAGUAUUGUAAUGGUGAUACGUGGGUCUGCGAUGCAUCUCGGCCCGACGCAUGUCUCACUUGGGCAUUUAUCUGUGUGUCAUGAGUAUC